CGGGGGGGGGGGGGAGAGGAAGCCCAGGAGGUCUUCAUUGAGUAAAGAGAGCGCGCCGAGGGGUCAGAGAACGCGAGAGAGCAAAAAAGGGGUUUUUUUGGGGGGGGGGAAGAGCAGGCAUUGCAGCAAGCGAAAGCAAAAGAGCCCCAAAGGAAGAAAAAUCAUCAUCAUGCAAAAACGGAAAUAGAGAAAGCAAAAAAACAAUGCAUGCAUCUUGAAGGGGGGAGCCAGAGAUCAAACCAGCGGGACCCCAAAUAGAAGCAAGAAGGACCAAAGCGAAGGCGCAGGAGCAGCAGAGACGCGAGAGAGCAGCCGCCGCCAUGGCCACGCCUGGAGCUGCAGCUGUCGGGGGGCCGCGAUCCGGGCUGGACGAGCAGCCUCCUGGGCCGCCUCCAGGAGCGGCCCCGGCCGCGGCCCCGCAAGCCACGGAGCAGCCGCCGGCGCCGGCGCCUCCCCAGCAGCCCUCGCCGGCCGAGCAGAAGUUCCAGCCUCCCCCCGCCCAGCCGCCGCCCUCCCAGGCCCAGCAGCAACAGCCUCCGCCGGCGGCGGCCCCCCAGCACCAAGGCCAGGAGGAUUACUCCUUCCUGCCCCUUGUGCACGACAUUAUUAAAUGCAUGGAUAAAGACAGCCCAGAUGUGCACCAGGUGCUGAACGAGCUCCGGACCAAAUUUGUGGAGAUGCGCAAGCUGAUCAAAACCAUGCAGGGCAUCUCCGUCAGCCCCGAGCAGCAGCAGCAGCAGCUCCAGAGCCUCCGGGAGCAAGUCCGGACGAAGAGUGAACUGUUGCAGAAGUACAAAAGCUUAUGCAUGUUUGAGAUCCCCAAGGAAUAGAGAGGAAGCAGCCUUCUGCGCUCCAGAGCGACUCCUUUUUUGAUUUGAUUUGAUUUUUUUUUUUUCCAGGAGGGGCUGUGUGUGAAAUGCAGCAUGGGCCGUUGCCGAAGCAGAACACUCUGUGCCCGAUCAGACACGUUCCAGCAGCUCAUGUGCUUUUAAUGCACUGUGCUGGGUGGAAUGUGCAUAUAACGUCCACGUAUAUUUCUGCGUUCCGCAGAAAUCAGGUCAUAGAGCUGUUUCUGGACUGAACCACGUCUUGAGGCUGCAGGUGGUAGCAGGUAGAGGGGUUGCCUGGUGAAAUACUUGGGUUUUUUAAAAAAAACCCUUACACAUAGAGAAGUCACCACCCUAAUAUAUCCCUGAUACGCUAUUUUUCAGUGGGAGGAAUAUGCAUGCCACCAGCUCCCUGAAUCUGCAGUGGUACAGUCCAGGAACGAUUGAAUGUCCCUGAUCUUAUUGAAUGUAUAAACGCACUCUGAAUUUUUAAAGAGAAAGCAAGUUGUGGAAAGAAGUGAUUUCUUUGUCUCCUCCCAGACCCUAGAUUAUUUGGUACUUCUGUUGACAAUUGUGGCACCAUAAGCAGCAUAAGGGGAAAUGUUCCAUUUGGUUGUAACCUGCAGUGGCACAAACUGUUGCAAGACCAGACUGAAUUCCAACAGACUUUUCGAGGAGAUAAACCUAUCCUGGUUCAUCUUCAGAGACUCCGGAUUGACAAAGAAGCCCUCAGCGCACACAUGUGUGUAUGUAUAUUUAUUUAGAUUUGUUUCUCUUUUGAAUACUUGUUUCUGAAAUAGUAUUAAUAAAUGGGUUGUUAAAUUCCAA